AUGAAUAUCACUAAAGAAGAGGAAUUUGGAGGAGAAAGAGAGAUACAGAAGGAACUGGAUGCUAAGUUCUAUUUUAAGAGAGCUAUGUUUAAAAAACAUUCUGAGGUUCUUGAUGAAAAAGCAAUUACAAAAGAACUGAAUUACACUGAGUUGGGGUGUACAAAACAGCAUCCACUCUUGAAAGACAAAGUCUGGAGCUGUUGCCCAAAGGAUUGGAAGCCAUUUAGUUCCCACUGCUACUUCACUGCGACUGGCUCAGCAUCUUGGAGUGGGAGUGAAGAGAAGUGCUCCAGCAUGGGUGCUCAUCUGAUGGUGAUCCACAACCAGGAAGAGCAGGAUUUCAUCACCAAGAUCCUGAAUCCCAAAGCUGCUUAUUUUAUUGGGCUUUCGGAUGCAGGUCACCGACAGUGGCAAUGGGUUGAUCAGACACCAUACAAUGAAAGUGCCACACUCUGGCACUCAGAGGAACCCAGUGGCAAGAAGAGAUUUUAUGUUGUGCUAAAUUAUCACCCAAAUAUUAAAGGAUGGGGCUGGAGUGACGUUAUCUUAUGA